CAAGUCACUGACACCGGGGAUAAUUUAAUGUUUGUCAGCGUCGGAUAUCAAGAGAAGUCAUUUUAAUAGGGAAAACAUAGGAUAUUGAACCAAAAAUAAAUAUUCAUAUAUUUGUAUUAAAACUAAACCAUCGAAGUGAGCUAAUACACCGUCAUUCUGACCAGACAUUAAAUACAAUGCAUUUAGUAUAUUGCAUUUGCCUUUGCAUCGUUCUCUGAAGGUGGGAGAUGGCUCUGUUGUUGUAAUGGGAGGCAUGAUGAGGCAGGCUGAUGACAGCAUCCUCCACCGCUCAGCGGCUCCACACCUGACCGACUCCAUCAGAUGCACAGAUGAUGGAGCUCUCUGCGCUGCCGGGUUAUCAUCCCGUCGCCACCAUUUCGCAUGUCCACUGCCCGACACAUGUCCUACAAAGGCCGCUCUAAUCUCACCCUCACUGUUUAUUUUUGCCGGGGAUUUUUUUGUUGUGUGUGUGUGUGUGUUUUUUUUUUCACGGUCGUUCAGCGGACGCUGCGUCUUCCGUGUAUUGUGCCGAGCGGUCGGAUCGAGGUGGUCUUUGUUUUUCCUUCACCCCCCCCCCCCACCACACCACCACCCCCUCCCGUGACAUCGGACAGGAGCAGACGGACGCUGCGGCGCUGGUAAACACCAGAAAUGGGUGCCAUCGAUCCGAGGACGCCAGUCGCGGUUCGCGCUCGGAGCGGAUUUUCCUUUUUCUUACGAUAAAGCGUCCCGCCGGUGUCCCGCGUCCCCGGCUGCACUGAGCAGGCUUCAGUCAAGCAAACAAAUGAUCCAAUCAAUAGCCUUUGGACAGAGGCUGCCAUAGGGAGGACAUCAAUAACCCGCUAAUACACCUGACACACACACACACACGCGCACACACACACGCACACACGCACGCACGCACGCACACAGGCCAUGGCGCUGGAGAAGUCGGUCAUCGCCGCACGCCCGGACUCCCUCUCGCUCCCCGUGGAGGAGAAGGGGGGAGGGGGCGGGGAAGAGGCGGAGGCCUCCGCCGAGGCCGGGGUCUUCGACCUGUCGGAGGAGCCGGGCCCCGUCGUCGCCGCCGACUCGGCGACUCCGCCCUUGGCCAAGGUCAGAAAGUCCUUCCAGAACAAGCUGCUGGAGCGCGAGGCCAAAGCCAACGAGCCCAGGACGAAGACCCAGGGGACGGAGAAGGAGAGGGGGAGAUUCGGCUGGGGCCGGACCCGACGUAAGCGCCAGCGCUACGUGGAGAAGAACGGUCGCUGCAACGUGUCGCACGGUAACAUGCGGGAGACCUACCGCUACCUGACCGACAUCUUCACCACGCUGGUGGACCUCAACUGGCGCUGCUCGCUCUUCGUCUUCGUCAUGGCCUACGCCGUCACGUGGCUCUUCUUCGGGGCCAUCUGGUACCUCAUAGCCUACUGCAGGGGCGAUCUGGACCACCUGGGGGACGAGACGUGGACGCCGUGCGUCAACAAUGUCAACGGCUUCAUCUCGGCCUUCCUCUUCUCCAUCGAGACGGAGACCACCAUCGGCUACGGCCACCGCGUCAUCACGGACCAGUGCCCCGUGGGCACCAUGCUGCUGCUGCUGCAGGCCAUACUGGGCUCCAUGGUCAACGCCUUCAUGGUCGGCUGCAUGUUUGUGAAGAUCUCGCAGCCCAACAAGCGGGCGGAGACGCUGGUGUUCUCCAAGCACGCCGUCAUCUCGCUGAGGGACGACAAGCUGUGCCUGAUGUUCCGGGUGGGCGACCUGCGCAGCUCGCACAUCGUGGGGGCCAACAUGAGGGCCAAGCUCAUCAAGUCCAAGCAGACGCAGGAGGGCGAGUUCAUCCCGCUGGACCAGACGGACAUCAGCGUGGGCUUUGAGACGGGCGACGACCGCCUCUUCCUGGUCUCCCCGCUGGUGAUCUCGCACGAGAUCGACCUGCACUCGCCCUUCUGGGACAUGUCGCAGUCGCAGCUGGGGAAGGAGGACUUUGAGAUCGUGGUGAUCCUGGAGGGGAUGGUGGAGGCCACCGGGAUGACGUGCCAGGCGAGGAGCUCCUAUCUCGCCGAGGAGGUCAUGUGGGGUCACAGGUUCAGCCCCAUGAUGCUGCUGGCAGAGGGCUUCUUCGACAUCGACUACGGAGCCUUUCAUCACACGUUCGAGGUGGACACGCCCCCCUGCUCGGCGCGGGAGCUGUCGUUGGCCGCGGCCCGGCUGGACGCCCACCUCUACUGGUCCAUCUCCAGCAGGCUGGACGAGGAGCCCACGCUGACCAACCAGGCGGCCGAGCGGCCGGACAGCGGCCGGCGGGGGGGGGAGGGGGGGGAGCCCAUCUUCAUCGUGGGGGAGAUGACGGACAUCCAGGAGCAGACGGGGCUGGGCGAGCUCAACGGCUGCGUCGCCACCGACCCGUCGGAGUCGGAGGCCUAGAGGGGCGGACAAUGUUUACAGGGACCUUCAGACCUCCAGCCCCCCCGCCCCCCCCCCACCGCCAGAGGUUUUUCUUUCAAGGUUCCACUCCAGCUCCACAGAACAUGCCAUAUCUCCUGUUACCACGUGACGGCGUCUAUUUCCUGAUCUUUUGUCUAUUACUCCUCCGUUGACCUUUUAUCUCUUCUUGUUAGCUCCGAUCACUUCUUGCCUACAUCUACAUUUUAUUAGACAGAACUGUGCUUUAGUUGAGAGUCAACAGUAGUUUCUCCCGUGGACCAUCGGCGGAAUGACACGGGUUGUUCAUUUAAUUAAAAAAAAAAAAAAAGUGCCGUGCGUAGAUGCUUUUUAUCUUCACCUGCGCAUGAACAUCACUAUGAUGACGUCCAAGUAGAGAUGGAACUGUUGUGACCCUAAAGUUCCUUCAGUCUCGUCUCCGGUAGGAAAAACUCCAUUUGGGAUCAAACCAUCAUGUGGUGCUAGAAACAAAUGCUUAUCAAUCUAUAUUUGGCUGAAGAAAAAUAAAAAGACGAUAAAAGUAGCCAGAGGGGAACGGAGCUGGUUUCCUGUCCAGUUUGUUGUCUUGUUUUUGUUUGUUUGUUUUGAAGUAGGCUUGUGUUGAGGGACUUCUCAGUAGUCAGCGCACCUCCUGCAAAGGGGGCGACGGGCCGGAGCACCAGCGCAGAGCGAAGAAAGGAAUUUCAAACAUCGCUUUAAAUGUCGUCCACAUUUGGAACAGUUUCCCUCUUCAAAGAAAAGAAUCAUAAGAAAACCCUUUAAAACAACAAAGUCACACAAUGAGACAAACAAAGCCAUCAAACUCCUGUUUUUAUGGCUCUGAAGAGAGAAAAGAUAAGCGCCUUAAUUUCCCAUCACAAAAGGGUGUGGUCUGGCGGAAAUAUUUUGAAUGUAGGGUUGAAUUAUUUGACGUCUUUCAGCUGCUCCUGUGUGCACUACUCCUCAAAGUACACGGACUGUGUACAAGUACCUCACACAAUCCCACUUCGAAAAGGGGGGCCUGGACUAAGAGACAGAGACUCACAUUCCUGACUGCUCUCUCAGAUUAAAGUGACCAGGAUAUCCGUCUACCGCCUUUCACCUGUGUGCACAUGUAUACACACACACAUAUAUACGUGUAUAAUAUACACGUAUAUAUGUGUGUGUAUAUGCAGCACAGCGAUGACCUGUCUUCUGUUCCCAGUCGGGUAGAAAUGAAAAGCACAACAGAGUCCUGCUGCGUUUAGUCCUGCUUCUGCUGCUGUGUGGAUACGUGGCCAUUUUUACUCAAUGUUUCUAACAUGUAACACAACACAUCAACUAGGGUUAAUAAACUGCAGUAUAUUACAGAA